UUACAUGAAUUAGUCACAGAGAGUUUUCAAAGUAUAAAUACUUGGUGAAAGUUGUGAAAUUUAUCAAACUCAGCUUGCAUCAGCAGAUUUGUUCCUUCAAUCAAGUGAUCACAAGCUCUGCCUGUAUUGAAGAUGAGUUCCAAACUUUUCUUUGUACUUGCCACCUUGGCACUUUCAGCUCUUCUCUCAGCAACGGAAAGUGAUGCCGUAUAUAGCAACUAUGCAUUAGGAAGUUAUGGUGGUUAUGCAUAUCCAUCCUACGCAUACAGAUACCCAUACUAUGGAUAUGGAUACCCAUACUACAGUUAUGGAUACCCAUACUACGGAUAUAGAUACCCAUACUACAGUUAUGGAUACCCAUACUACAGUUAUGGAUACCCAUACUAUAGUUAUGGAUACCCAUAUUAUGGAUACGGUGGCUAUGGAGGAUAUCCUUAUGGAGGUUAUGGAGCAUACCCUGGUGUUGGCUGUGUGGCAUAAGGAUGAAAAUAUGAUCAAAUAUUGAUCAUUGAUAUCAAAUAUUUUCCAUUAGGAAACAUGUUGUUUGAAUUUGAAUAAAAUCUGAAUUGGAGUAGAA